AUGCCUCCCAACCCAACGUCGGAGCCGAAGUCGGAUGAGUGCGUGAAGGUCGUCGUUCGCAUCCGGCCGCUCAGCCGGAAGGAGCUUCAGGAUGGACACAAGGCGAUUGCGGAGGCAAAGGAAGACAGGGGGGAGAUCGUCGUGCGCAAUCCGCGCGCCGAUGCGCGGGAGCCCCCCAAGAGCUUCUUCUUCGAUGCCGUUUUCGGUGACCGGUCUGCUCAGGAGCGGGUUUAUGAGGUCUGCGGGGCGCCUCUGGUGGAGUCGGUCUUGCAAGGAUACAACGGAACGAUCUUCGCGUACGGCCAGACUGGCGCAGGCAAGACUCACACGAUGGAAGGAUAUCCCGACCCGCCGGAGCUCAGGGGAAUCAUCCCUAAAUCCUUCGAGCACAUCUUCGACAAGAUAGCCCUCGCGGACAACGUGCAGUACCUUGUGCGGGCGAGCUACCUCGAAAUCUACAACGAAGAGAUCCGAGAUCUGUUGUCGAAGGACCCCAAGGAUAAGCUCGAGCUGAAGGAGAACGUGGACAGCGGAGUUUACGUGAAGGACCUCACGACUUUCGUGGUCAAGAGCGCGAUGGAAAUAGACCACGUUAUGCAGGCCGGCAAGAAGAAUCGAUCGGUGGGGUCGACGAUGAUGAACCUCACCUCUUCGAGAAGCCACUCCAUCUUCUGCAUCGUCGUGGAGUGCAGCCAGAGCGACGAUCGCGGGGACCACAUCCGUGUUGGCAAGCUCAACCUCGUAGACCUGGCGGGUUCCGAGCGGCAGAGCAAGACGGGCGCGACGGGGGAUAGGCUGAAAGAGGCGAACAAGAUCAACUUGUCCCUUUCCGCCCUAGGGAACGUCAUCAGCGCACUCGUGGACGGGAGGUCGCUCCACAUUCCCUAUCGAGAUUCCAAGCUGACGCGGCUCCUGCAGGACAGCCUGGGAGGAAACACGAAGACCGUCAUGUGCGCCAACGCCGGGCCUGCGGAGUACAACUACGACGAAACCGUCUCAACCUUGAGGUACGCUAACCGCGCCAAGAACAUCAAGAACAAGCCAAAGAUCAACGAAGACCCCAAGGAUGCCAUGCUGCGAGAGUUCCAGGAGGAGAUCCAGCGACUCAAAGACCAGCUGGCUGGGCAAGGCGGUGCUGUGGACGGAGACGGAGAAUCUGGGCAGGUCAUCGGAUCGCUCGGAGGCGGCCAGGGAGCCAAGGUCGUGGGGGUGAGCGAGGAGGAGCUGACCAAGUUGCAGGACGACGCCGAUCGCAGAGAAAAGCAGCUCAAGCAGCAGGCUGCCGAAGACAUGAAGAAGCUCCUCGACGCCCACGCCAAGACCGCAGACGAACGGCAGGCCCUGAGCGAGAGGCUCGAGAGCGAGGCGGUAGAGAGGCGCAAGAUAGAGAAGACCAAGGGGAUGCUCCUGGGCAAGCUUCAGGCCAUGGAGGCCAAGCUCAUCCAGGGAGGAGAAAUCCUGGACAAGGCUCAGAGACAAGAGGCGGAGCUACGACAGGCACAGCACGAGCUGGAGCACCGAAGAGACCAGGAGACCUCGCUUGCUCGAGAGCUAGCCGAAAAAGAGGAAGGGAUCACCGAGCUCAAUCGCGAGUUCCACGACUUGGAAGAAGAGGUGGAGGUGAAGACGAAGAAGCUCAAGAAGCUGUGGAGCAAGUACCAAACGGCGCACCGCGAGAUCAAGGACAUCCAGGAGGAGUUCCAGCAGGAGAGGUCCGACAUGCUCGACACCAUUCGAGAGCUAACGAGACAGCUUAAGCUGAAGGAGGUUGUGAUCACCAACUUCGUGCCCCCGGAGGAGGUGUCCAGCGUCGAGCGCCGCGCGCAGUGGAACGAGGAGGCGUCGGCCUGGCUCAUCCCGCGCCUGGAGCUCGCGGGGAACUCCCUGCGCAUGCGGCGGCCCGUCAGCGUCGCGGGGCUGCCCCGGCCGGAGACGGAGUACGCUCGCCAUAGGAAAGGGUACGAUUCAAACCCCAGGUACAAGUACGACAACAUCAUCGCCCAAGAUCUCGACAUGCCCGAGCGCACUACUCAGGAGUACGAGGGUCCCAGCAUGACAUCGCGAGUACAGCCGGCAGUGGUGAUGCCGCUUGACGCAGAUGAAGAGGAGGUGACUUUCUCCACCGUGGCAGAUACGGCGCCCCCUCAGCCCUACCUGCAAUACGGCCCCGAUGACUCGGGAGGAGGUGGGGAUAGGGGGGGUGGAGCCGGUGCCGGCGAUUCUGCAGCUGGGGGAGAACGGUUUUCGAGGCCGAAAAGUGCCGCGGCGAAAAAGAAAUCGUCUCGGCCUAAGUCGGCCAGACGAAGGCGGUCGUCGCAGGAAGAAGAGGGCAUCGAAUUCAAGGACGACGAUGAGUGA